CCCUGUAUAGUUGAGUAGGCCCAGUGUACUCUCGUCCAAUCAGCUUCAGAUUCUGAUUAUAAAUAAGCCUUCAGCCGAGCCCAUUCCACUGUGCUCAGCUCUGAGGUCAUGGCUCGCACGAAGCAGACGGCCCGCAAGUCCACCGGCGGCAAGGCCCCGCGCAAGCAGCUGGCCACCAAGGCCGCCCGCAAGAGCGCCCCGGCCACCGGCGGCGUGAAGAAGCCGCACCGCUACCGGCCCGGCACCGUGGCGCUGCGCGAGAUCCGGCGCUACCAGAAGUCCACCGAGCUGCUGAUCCGCAAGCUGCCGUUCCAGCGCCUGGUGCGCGAGAUCGCGCAGGACUUCAAGACCGACCUGCGCUUCCAGAGCUCGGCCGUGAUGGCGCUGCAGGAGGCCAGCGAGGCCUACCUGGUGGGUCUGUUCGAGGACACCAACCUGUGCGCCAUCCACGCCAAGCGGGUCACCAUCAUGCCCAAGGACAUCCAGCUGGCCCGCCGCAUCCGCGGGGAGAGGGCGCUUUGCCACCGUUUCUUCCACAGAAGUUUCUUUUCUGUUUUUGCAAUGGCUCGCACCAAGCAGACAGCCCGCAAGUCCACCGGCGGCAAGGCCCCGCGCAAGCAGCUGGCCACCAAGGCCGCCCGCAAGAGCGCCCCGGCCACCGGCGGCGUGAAGAAGCCGCACCGCUACCGGCCCGGCACCGUGGCGCUGCGCGAGAUCCGGCGCUACCAGAAGUCCACCGAGCUGCUGAUCCGCAAGCUGCCGUUCCAGCGCCUGGUGCGCGAGAUCGCACAGGACUUUAAGACCGACCUGCGCUUCCAGAGCUCGGCCGUGAUGGCGCUGCAGGAGGCCUGCGAGGCCUACCUGGUGGGUCUGUUCGAGGACACCAACCUGUGCGCCAUCCACGCCAAGCGGGUCACCAUCAUGCCCAAGGACAUCCAGUUGGCCCGCCGCAUUCGCGGGGAGAGGGCAUAAAUAAGUUAACCGGCGUCUAUUCUGCAAAAGGCUCUUUUAAGAGCCCCUUCAUUGUCACCAAAAGCAAGCUGUAUCCUUAAUUUCCAAAUUUACACUUCCCACGUUUAGGAAACCAUUUUCUUAAAGCCACUCAGCAUAUGCAUUCGUAUUUUUUGCGUAUUUAGUUUUUAGCAAGGCACUUUUUUGUCCUUUUCACCUUGGGCUAUAAAUAAUCAGCCCCUUGUAUAGAGAAGCCCUUAAAGAUGACUUCAAAUCUGAGACCAGUUCUGGUUUUACAUUUUAGGUAUAUGUUCUUUGUUCGUUAACCUUAACGAUCUCAACUUUGGAAUGUGAAGAAUUGCAAAUGAAACUUCAGAGCAUACCCUUAAGAGUCCAGGACUUUAUUAGUGGUUAACAUAAAGUACCUGCCCUAUUCUUCAUGCUGCAUUGGAGUGUUCCCUAACUGGAACUUGUUUGAAUAGUGGAGAUUGUUUGGUUACA